GCUCGGCGCUCCCUCAUUCCGGAAGUGGGGGAGAACCGCGAUCGUAGGCAGCGUCGGGCCUCGUCCCGCCGGUUCGUCCGUCUUCGGUCAUGUCCACCAUGGUUUUCGGGGCGAAAAGCUUCAAGCCGAGGGCGCCUGACAAGGGCGCCUUCCCCUUGGAUCAUUUUGGAGAAUGUACGCUCUUCAAAGAAAAAUUCAUGAAGUGUCUGCAGGCAAAUAACUUCGAGAACGGAUUGUGCAGACUGGAGUCGAAAGAAUACCUAGAAUGCCGGAUGGAGAGGUGAGCUGAAGUUAAUGGAUGUUUGGCUCGCCCUGCAUGAGUCCAGAUUGGCUAAAUUAGCUCUUUAGACGUCUCUGAUCUGUGCAAUCUCAAGACAGGAAGGCAAUUUCUCUCUUUCUUUCCUUCCUUCCUUCCUUCCUUCC